AUGAAUAAAACAGAGCCAACAAGAUCACAAUCGAAUUUAUCCGAGUUGUUGAGGGUGAAUGGGGUGAGGCAGACGCCGACGCAGGCAGAUGCACAGAUACACGUACCCGCACACGCACACGCACACCCACCCACACGUACUCACAAACACACCACAUUGAAACUAGACAAAUUACCGCGUUUUACUUUGGGAGAUAGGCAGGAUACUGAGGAUACUGAUGAUACUGAGGGUACAUACGAUACACACGAGUCUUGGUUAUCAUUCAUUCCAAGGGAGACACAGAGUACAUCAGAAUACUCAAAUCCACCACCACCACCGAGUUUAUUGCCAAAAUCACUUUGGAAGCAACAGUAUCAUCGUAUGACCUCACUUCAACUACAACACAACUCCUACUUUGUUCCCCCUAUGGUUUUGGCUGAGCAGAAGUGUGAUGGGCAAGGGGAGUCACAGGUGCAGGUACAAUCAAAUUCACAAUCAAACUCCCACUCACACUCCCAACAACCACCUCCACCUCUCCAUAACUACGUCCUCGCUUCCACCUCCGCAAGACAAGCACCCGGUAGACUAGCCCCUUUCACCCCUCCUAUUACCUCCUCCCACUCCACCUACACCUCCAGCUUAAACAUACCAAUCAAAUCAUCAAAUCAUCAAAAUGUCAUCAUCGAUGGUGAUAUCAAGGUUAAAGAGCAACCUAUCUAUGGUAUGGGUCAAUCUCUCGCUAAAUCUUUGACCUGGGCGUGGUCGACUUUUUAA